AUGCAUACUCUGGGGAGGAUUUCAACUUUGAGAGUAGUGAUCUCUAUCAAUAUCAUCAUAUUUGCUUCAACACAUAGUUCAUCUGUGAAAGGAAAGGAGAGAAGGCUCACACUUCCUGCAGAAGCUAAAUCUUCUCUGUUCGUACUUGUGGAUACAAAGGCUGUGCUCCUUUGUCCUCCUGACAACUCCACAGCUUUUCUGGUAAUAUGGACAAUAAGCCCCAGAGACCAGCCUCCCUGCACUAGAGCCCACAGGAGAGACAACAAUGAGACCAGUGAAAGAAACUGUACUGAUGAGAGAAUAUCCUGGGAGUCCAGACCUGAUCAGAAUCCUGCCUUUCAGAUUGACCCCGUGGCCAUCACUCAUGAUGGAUGUUACAGGUGUGAAGUGGCUGCAGCUGAUGGGCUUUUUGGUCAUACAUAUUACCUCCGAGUGUUAGUGCCCCCCAAGGUGACCCUGUUUCGAGGCAGCGAUGGAACCAUCGUGUGCAGGGCAGCUGCAGGGAAGCCAUCUGCACAGAUCUUCUGGACCCCAGAGGGAGAUUGUCACACUGAGGAAGAGCCGCUGGGCAAUGGUACAGUGACCGUGGAAAGUAAAUGCCGCUGGGAGGGCCGCCAGGUGUCUAAUGUGUCCUGCUCUGUCUCCCAUGUGACUGGCAACAAGAACUUGAACUUCACCUUGAAUCAAGGUGUCAUAACUCUGGAAUUUCCAGCAUCAGACUUACUGAUCAUUCUCUAUGUGAAAUUCUCUCUGUUCUUGGUUAUCCUGGUCACCGUGGGAUUCAUCUACUUCAAGAAAGCAAAUGAUUGCAGGUAAAAGAGGAAGUCUAAAAAAAUAAAGAUUUAUCAGAAAGAAAUCAUCAUUGUAAGGCUUUAAGUUUACAAUGUCCUAGGAACAGCAUGAUGGUUUUUUUUUUUUGUUUGUUUUGUUUUGUUUUUGUUUUGUUUUGUUUUUCACAUAGUUUGUUCCCCUAGCCCUUUCUUUGGUAUAUAAUCUUUGUUAACACAUGGAAGCCCAGGAAGAGAUGCCUGCAGCACUGGGGCAAAAGCUUCUAUUUCAUUACAGUGCUUUCCUGAGAGAUAGCCUGUCCUGGGGCACCCUUCCAGAAUUCUGUGGGGGAAAUGAAGUUCAACAGGUGCUUCUUAGGUGUUCACUCCCUAGUUUAUCUGUCUCUAAAAGCUUGUAUUUAUUGUGCUAAUUAUAUAUUUUAUGU